AUGGACUUAGAUGAAGCUGGGAUUCAUAGAAAGCUUCAAGUGAAUGAGUUGGAAGAACUACGUAAUGAUGCAUAUGAGAGCUCCAGGAUUUAUAAAGAGAAAACUAAGGCCUUUCAUGACAAGAUGAUUCGUGGAAAAACAUUCAUAGCAGGCCAAAAAGUUUUAUUGUUUCACUCUCGUCUCAAACUCUUUCCUAGUAAGCUUCGCUCACGUUGGGUUGAUCCUUUUGUUGUUACUUACGUUUUUCCUCACGGAGCUGUGCAAAUUCGAAGUGAGCAAACAGGCAAUGAGUUCAAGGUGAAUGGCCAUCGCUUGAAGCCAUAUUACACAGCCUUUAAGGAGAGCAACGUGGAGGAAGAGGACUUUCAUGACACACCACCUUCCAUGGAUUAA